GUAGCAACAUCCUUUUGGUCCGAUUGUACGUACGCAGUGAGGUCAGUAGAUACAAGGAACUCGACACUGAAUGAAACUCCAGUAAUGAGAUAGAUACCUCAGCUCAUUCGAAUCCGCGGCGGUGGCAGUCACUACGGCCUGGCGGUCACGUCUUUUUUUUCCUCGCGCACGCGUCCGAAGACGUGUGUCUGCACCGAGAUAUACCAACACUGCGCCAGACGCAUCACCUGUUUUCUCCCCCCUGUGGCAUCGUGUUCCUCGUCGUCUGUUCGAAUCAUUCCGACUAACACUCCUGCGAACCGAAAGCUCAACUGCGUGUAUUCGCUGUCUCGCCACAAUGUUCAGUGAUGUCUAUCUGACCACCUGUCAGCCAGAUUCCACACUGGUUGUGAACGCCACCGCCUACGCUGUAUCACAGAGAUCUGCGUGGAGGUAUGGCGUGAGUCAACAGAUUCCUUUGGUGGCUAUCGCCAGACUGCAGGGUGCAACGCCAUCCUCGUUACUGACGCCCAUGUCAGGAAACUUGCAUUGCCGACGGACUAGCUGCGAAAUGUGUCUGGGAGCCCGCGCCACCUCCCGCGCAUGCCCCCGCGGCUUCCCGCUCGCGCUUCGCCUGCACACCGGGGCUCCCCUUUUCGCCUCUUCGGCGCUCAAGGAAUAGGCCUGCCACCCGAUAGACAACAGUCUUUCUCGGAGCUCAUGUCGUACAUCAGAUAUGUUUCUUUUGCCUCUUCGCUUCUACGCAGAGGCAUGUCCAGUAAAGGGGAAACAGGUAACAAGGCAAACAACAGGACGUACUGACAGCGUAACAUUAGCAUCCGCAUUCGCCGCGUUGAACCCUUAAACACCCUUCUCUCUCUUGUUGUGUGGACGUCAAGAUGAUGGGACUUCGCAAGUGCAUGCUGGCCUUUGGUGUGGCAGCUGCUUUGGCAGCUCCCGCCCUGGCAGCGGACCAAGAGACGACCUUCCUGCAGAAGGAUUCCGACAGUGCCGUCACCAUCGCGGAGGAGGAUCCGAAGGUCGAUCCACGCUUCGUCUCACUCUUCGCAGGCUGGUUUGAUGUCAUGUGCGACCUGAUGUACAGGAAGUACAUGUACAACUAUGGCGCCUAUGUUCCACCGCCAUCCCAGCCGCCUCACCACCAUCAUCAUCAUCAUCACCAUCACCCGCAUUCCUCUGAAUCCUACUCCGACAGCUUCUCUGACAGCUCCGAAGAAGGCAACGACCGUCCGCCUCGUCCUCCCCACCACCCCCGCCCUCCCCACCACCCUCACCCUCCGCACCAUCCUCACCCGCCCCACCACCCGCACCCUCCUCGUCCGUCCAGCUCCUCCGAAGAACACAGCUUCUCUUCUGAGGACAACCGCCCACACCACCCUCACCCGCCAAUGAAGCCUUACCCUCCCAUGAUGCCCUACCCUCCCAUGAUGCCCUACCCCCCCAUGAUGCCCUACCCCCCCAUGAUGCCCUACCCUCCGAUGAUGCCCUACCCUCCUUUCUAUCCUCCCUCCAAACCCCCGCGUCCCACUCCGAAAGAACACACUGAGUCGAACGUUAGCGUGGCAUAGGGAAACUGGUGCACGGUGAACGUGGUCAGGUGUGCUGUUUGCAUGAUUUCGAGUUCAAGUAUACGGUGCCCUGUUGGUAUCGUGUAGCUCCUGUUUGUUUCAUAUUCUGCAACUGUUCGUUUUAGCAGCAAAUGAUUUGGCGUGUCCAUAUGAGACAGUUGCUAUGUUCGUGAUGUAGGAUGUUGUCGUGUAAGCAAAUUAACCGAAGGACC